AUGGCAAAUGAUACUUUAAUUAAUCUUGACAACAAAUUACUUGAUUUAUUGAACAGUGCACAUCUUCUGGUAGGAACAAUAAAUGAAGAAAAACGAGUUGGUACGAUAGAGGAAAGAUUAAGUUCAAGAUUAAAACAACUAGAAGCAAAUGAAUGCAUGCAUGAAGCAGUUAUCGCCGAGUCAGCUAUACAAGAGAAGUUUUCCAAUAUAAAUGUGAGAGAGAGAUUUGUAGAAAAAUGUUUGGAACUCUUGGGAUCUUUAGAAACAAUAUUGAUAAAUAUUAUUGAUAUUAAAGAAAAUAAAAAAACUAAUGAGCCCGAAUUAUUGGGUAUACGAGACAUGAGUCUUGUUCACACUAUGCUUGAAAUUGUGAUAAGUUGGGGAAUAUAUCCUUGCCUUAUGUCGGGUGUUGGUAUUCCGAUUUCACGAAGAACCCGUUCAAGAUAUUUUCAGCAGGAAUUUUCAAAUAAUUCUCAAAAUGAUGAUGCAAAUGAAUCUAUAAAAAAACUAGAUCCACAAUCACGUUAUAUUUAUCUAUUCAAGUUAAUGCAAUCACUGAUAAAGAUUAUAUGUUCAUCAUCAUUAAAACCGAUAAUAUUUACAACUGUAUCUUCUAUAAUACAAACAAGACAUCUCACAGAUGUUUAUGCAGCGUUAUUACAAUUAGCUUAUGGACCAUUGCCAGCAAAUGAUAAAUUGGAUGUGUCUACUAACAAUAAAUUAGCUAUGUCUGAUCAAAGUGAAAUUGAAAAGCAGGGCUAUGGAAAUUUCGUAUUGAUGCGAAAAGAGUGUGUGGCUAUGUUUGGGAAAUUAUUUGAAAGGGAAGAUUCGUUCCGAUCUUUAGAAGCCUUAACCAUGCUUUUAGGGUCACCUCUUCAUCCAGCACCUAAAUGGUUCAAAAACGUUUGUGGCAGAUUUUUGACCCAAAUUUUACUACGACCUAAUGGAGUAAAGGAUGUUAUGAGUUUUAUGAUUGGUGGAGAUAAUGAAGUUGGUUUAUCACAGUUCGAGACUGUUUCCAGAUUAAUACUCUCUGUUCCUACACAGACAAAGUCUACUGAGGAUUAUUUCUCUAUAAUAUGUCCACAAUUGCUGAAUUUAUUACAAUCAACCUCUACAUUACCAUCCUUAAAACCAAACAUUGAUGAUGCAACAUUACCAAUUGUAAAAUUGGUUGCUUUCACAGUUAUCAGAAUGGCCGAUAAAUUUCCUGCCAUCACUAAAAAGUUUAUAAUUUCUAAUAUAUUUGGUACAUUAUGGAAAUGGUGGGGACUAACUCCGGAAGAUGCUCAAUCAUUUCAACAUUGCGAUUCUUCUACAGACCUUGAUCCACUAAUAAUAGAUGAACAGUCUUUACAGUCAACAAUUACAAUGACACAUCAUAUAUUAAUUGGAAGUGAACCUAUACCUGGUUUAUUACAAAUGUUCCUUGAAGAUUCAGUGGCACCUUUAUAUUAUCUAUAUUCUUUCACAUGUUCUUCUAAAUCAUUUUUGAAGAAUGUUGUAUUAGAUAUUUUAUUGGCCUACUUUAAAAUUUUAAACAUUAGUGAGGGUGUUGAAGGUCUGAAAGAAAUUUUGCUAAGGAAAACUAAAAGAAAGGUAGCUCCUAAUAUUGGGGAUGUUGGAGAAAUUUACUUUGCUCCUGGAGCAUCUGCAGGUGUUGUCAUGAGAUUAAGAAUGAUUGCACUUAAUUCUUCGAGCACUGAAACAUCGAUUGAUGUUAACAUAUUUGUUGAUUUCUUGAAAC